CAAUGUGUUUUGUCAUCUGUAGAUGAAACGUGUCUGAUUACUUAAAGAAAUAUUUGUAAAAAUGGCCUUCCAUAGUUUUGCACACGUCUCUCAAAAUCAAAACCAGGAAGAAACUCUUUAACUAAGUGAAAGUGAAACUUUAGCGCUGUUUAGAGCUUUUGUGUUUCUCUCCGUCAAUGCUCAUGCAAAGAAAUGGCAGAAGCAAGUAUUUCAUGGGCUCAGGAUCAGUUUACUUGCCCAAUCUGUCUGGAUCUACUGAAGAAUCCAGUGACCAUUAACUGUGGACACAGUUUCUGUAUGGACUGCAUUACAAACUGCUGGGAUCAGGAUGAUCAGAAGCGAAUCUACAGCUGCCCUCAAUGCAGACAAACCUUCACACCAAGACCUGUUUUAGGUAAAAAUGUGGUGAUUGCUGAAAUGCUGGAGAAACUGAAGAAGACAAAACUUCAAUCUGCUCCUGACUCUGCUCAUUGUUACGCUGGACCUGAAGAUGUGGAGUGUGACAUCUGUACUGAGAGAAAACUAAAAGCAGUCAAGUCCUGUCUUGUGUGUCUGAACUCUUACUGUCAAAAUCACCUCAACCUGCAUGAGAAUUUCUUUAAAGAUAAAAACCACAACGUGAUCGAUGCCACUGAACGACUACAAGAAAAGAUCUGCAAAAAACACAACAAACAACUAGAAAUCUACUGCCGUACUGACCAACAAUGCAUUUGUUAUCUGUGUACGAUGGAUGUUCACAAAAAUCACGACACUGUGACAGCUGUGGCAGAGAGGACAGAGAAACAGAUGCUUUUGGUAGAAACACAAAGAAAGUUUCAGCAGGGAAUUCAAGAGAGAGAGAAGAAGCUUCAGGAGCUGAGACAGACUGCGGAUUCUUAUAAGCGCUCUGCACAGACAGCAGUGAAGGACAGUGAGAGGAUCUUUACUGAACUGAUCCGAUCCAUUGAGAGAAGACGAUCUGAGGUGACACAACUGAUCAGAGAUCAGGAAAAGACUGCAGUGAGUCGAGCUGAAGGAGUCAUGAAGCGUCUGGAGGAGGAGAUUGAUGAUCUGAAGAGGAGAGACGCUGAACUGAAGCAGUUUUUACAAACAGAUGAUGACAUUCAUUUCCUGCAGAGUUUCAAGUCUUUCUCUGUGAUUUCUGGAUCUUCAGAUGUUUCCAGCAUUACUCUCAGUUCUCUUCUCACUUUUGAUGAUCUGAGAAAAUCUGUUUCUAAAUUCAGAGAUAAACUGGAGGAUUUGUGUAAAGACGAGAUUAAACGUAUAUCUGACAGAAUAAAAUCCACUGAAAUUAUUUACAAAGAACCCAGAACUAGAGAGGAUUUCCUACAAUAUUCCAUUCUGCUGUCUCUGGAUCAAAACACAGUGAAUAAAAAUCUCCAGCUGUCUAAGAAAAACACUGUGGCUACUUACACUAACACAGUCCAGCCGUAUCCUGAACAUCCAGACAGAUUUGAUCUUUAUUAUCAGGUGUUGUGUAGAAAGAGUUUGUGUGGACGCUGUUACUGGGAGGUUGAGAGGAGUGGUGGUGUUGGUAUAUCAGUGUCAUAUAAGAGCAUCAGCAGGAAGGGGUCGGGUAAUGAGUGUAUGUUUGGAUUAAAUGAUCAGUCCUGGAGAUUGUACUUCAGUGACUCCAGCUGCACAUUCAGUCAUAUCAAACACACUUAUCUCCCUGUAGUGUCGAGCUGUAGAAUAGGAGUGUAUGUGGAUCACAGUAAAGGAUCUCUGUCCUUCUACAGCGUCUCUGAUACAAUGAACCUCAUACACAGAGUCAACACCACAUUCACUAAACCACUUUAUCCUGGAUUUUGGAUCGAUCCAAACUCAACCAUUAAACUAUACAAUCUGACAAGAUAGAUACAAAGAUUUUACAGAUAAUAGUGUUUUAUCUUUGACCUACAUGAUUAUUUAGUAACAGUGAGAUGUUAGUCAUAACAUGAGUUUUAUUGUCUCAUGUAAAUAUAAUUGAAACAUUUGAACACAACUCUUAUUACUGCAUGCAAUUUAUUGCUAUAAUCUAAAAAUGCUGGGUCAGAUAUGGAAAUUAUCUUUUAUUAGAUGAAUUUAAACCAAUGGUUGAGUUUGUCCAUAUAUAAAUAUCACUGUAUUUUUUUAGAUGGAUCUAAUAAUAGUUGUGGUUUAAGAGUGAACCAACAGUGAAUGUGAAAAAAAAUGUUUAUGUUGGACGCAGCAACAUAGUUUGUUUGUUCUGAUUUGAUUUUUUUUACUGAUUUCUUUCAUGGAUAUUUUAAGUAUGUCUUUGAUUCUGAUUUACUUUUUCUUUUUGUUAGAUUGUUUAUCUGCUUUUAAACAGAGUGUGUGCCACACUGUAUAGCUGUCAUCAUUCUGUAUAAUGUAUGGUUUGAAAUUGUAUAUUUUUCACAUAAAAGAGA